UUCUUUCCACUCUGUUCAUUUCUCUUCCCUCUAACCCUUCUCUCUUCAUACUCACUCUCUCUCCAUCCAUUUGGUGGAACAGUGCUGCUGAUAAUGCCUGUAAUUGGAGUGACUCACACUUUUCCAGUGUGUUUGGACCAGAUAAAGAAUAUUGUCAGCAUUUUGCCGACAUGGCCUCUGCUGGCAGAAUUAAAUGGACUCUGUUCUGUUCUGUCUGCAGCAAAUUAAAAGCCUCUCAAUUCAUCUGUUCUCGCCCAAGGCUUACAGGGGCCUCCUAUUCACACAAAAACACCGUGGAGAGGGGGAGGCAGAGAAUAAGAGAGAUUUCCCUCUUCCCCAAGAAGCACAAGUCUUUUGGUAUUGUUUAAAUCGGCACUCGGCCACUGUUAGAUGGAGACCGAGAAGGAAAGAGAGGUCAAGACUUAUAUUCUAAGAAGAUUGGAAGAGCAGCUCAGAAGCUCUCUGUGGGUGUGUGUGGGAUGUUGUGUCAGGGCUAAAGCCCGUCCCUCUCCCAUGAGCCUGUGUGCCCACACACACACCUGGCGCCUCCACGCACACACCCGGCGCCCACGCACGCACAGCCGGCACUGACGCUGUGAACUGGACCCUCGGAGCCCAGUCGAUCCCAGCUGAGCCAAGCGGAGCGGAGUCUAGCCCAGUUGGAGCCUGAGGAUGUCAACAGAGACAGAGCUACAACCAGCGGUCAGGCCCAGCAGCGUCAGACGGGACUCCAAGAGGAAAGGGCAGGAUCGCAGCGAGGCAGCUCUCAUCAGGCGUUUUAAGGGCGAUGGCGUCCGCUACAAGGCCAAACUCAUUGGCCUGGACGAGGUUACUGCCGCCCGUGGAGACAAACUCUGCCAGGACUCGAUGAUGAAGCUCAAGGGUAUAGCUGCAGCAGCACGGUCUAAAGGAGAACACAAACAGAAGGUGUUCCUGACCGUUUCCUUUGGAGGGAUCAAGAUCUUUGAUGAGAAGUCAGGGGUCCUCCAACAUCACCAUGCUGUCCACGAGAUCUCUUACAUUGCCAAGGACAUCACGGACCACCGAGCCUUUGGCUAUGUCUGCGGAAAGGAAGGGAACCACCGCUUUGUGGCUAUCAAAACCGCACAGUCGGCUGAGCCUGUGAUUCUGGACCUGCGGGACUUGUUCCAGCUCAUCUAUGAGAUAAAGCAGAGAGAAGAGAUGGAGAAGAAGGCCCAGAAAGACAAGCAGUGUGAGCAGGCGGUCUACCAGACAAUCCUGGAGGAGGAUCUGGAGGACCCUGUCUACCAGUACAUUGUGUUUGAGGCGGGACACGAGCCCAUCCGUGACCAAUCAGAAGAGAGCAUUUAUCAGGUUCCCACCAGUCAGCAGAAGGAAGGGGUCUAUGACGUCCCAAAGCGACACCCAAAUGGACAUCAAAACACCCCCCACCACCACCACCACCACCAUCACCAUCAACAUCAUCAUUCUCAUGAACAACCCCUCCAACAAGAACAAACUCAACAGCAGCAGCAGCACCAGCAGCAGGCAGUGGCAGAACUGAUACACUUAGACCUGGAUAUGGUGACUCAGAAUAUCAACCAAUUAGAAAUUUUUGGAGACAUGUCUACGCCUCCUGACAUCACCUCUCCAUCAACUCCCGCCUCUCCAGCCAACACCCUGGACCCCUCACAGGGCUUGCAGCCUCCAACAGAACUGUUUGCUCCCUUCAAUCCCGCGUCUGUGCCCUCAGGUUAUGUGACGAUGGGAGCAGUACCUCCUGGCCACUGGUCCCAGCAGGCUUUUGCUGCCCAGACUCCGCUGGCCUUCGGGGUCCAGUCUCCUCUAGGCCCAGUAGCCCAGGUGCUGCCAGGUGGCCAGCCUCUCAUCUGGGGCCAGGCCAACAUCUUCCCUGCCACCCAGCAGCAGUGGGCAGCCAUGGCAGCAGGAGCCUUCCCGCCCACAGCCUACCUCCCAGCCCAGCCUGUGGGCACCCUGCCCGCCGCCAUGUUCCAGACGCUCACCCCCGUCACGACUGUGACUCCAGCCGGCGAGAGCCAUUCAAGUGCUGGAGCGAGCGCUUCAGCGCCCUCCCCUUCAGCAUCGUCGAGUCCACAGCAUGGGGAGAGAGCGAAGAAGAUGGGAAAGGAGAUGUUCAAGGACUUUCAGCUGGCGAAGCCUCCAGCCAUGCCAUCGAAGAAGGCUGAUCAGCCCAGUUUAGCAGGAACCUCGGAGGCAUUCAGCACUUACUUCAGCCGUGUGGGCACUGCCCAGGACACGGACGACUGUGAUGACUUUGACAUUUCUCAAAUGAAUCUAACACCGGUCACCUCCACAACACCAUCCACCAACUCCCCACCCACCCCAGCUCCCCGGCAGAGCUCUCCCUCAAAAUCCUCAGUCUCUCAUGUCAGUGACCCCCCCACCGACGCCACAGACCCCCCCACAGAUGACUCAUUUGGGGAAGCAGAAGGCAGUCCUAGUCGCAGUGGAGAGGAAGAUGCUGCAUGUGGUUCUGGGUCGCCCUGCCCCAGCGAGACAGCAGAGCCCAGCCCAGACCAGGCCAGUCCAGAGGCUGGGAGCUAGAUAGCAGCAGGGCAGGAAGGGGAAGGACCCUCUCUACGCCCAGAUUAACAAAGGGAAGAAAUAAAGAGACACACAGGAAGACAGACCUGACCAGCACUGAGAGAACAGGAGGAGAACCCUUAACCUCUGUUUGUGUGAGUGCGUGUGUGUGUGCAUGUCUGGCACAUCCCCGCCUGGCCAAGCCCUUCUUUCUCUCCUCCUGCUAACAACCUCCCAGGAGGAGCCUCCACACUCCCACAGUCCUCCUCCUCCUCCUCCUCCUCACUGCAGUCUUUCCUCCUCCUGAGAGGGGAGAGCCCUCUUGGUCAUUCACUCCAAGCAGGAAGGGAUAUCAAUCACUGAAACGGACCCAGUUCUCCCUCCACUGCGCUGUCUCCUCCUCUCCUCUCCUCUCCUCUCCUCUCCUCUCCUCUCCUCUCCUCUCCUCUCCUCUCCUCUCUUCUCCAUGUGGCGCCUUACAGAUAUAACCUACCCCUCCCCUCUCUUCCUCGCUCCCUUCCUCCUCCUCCUCUGCCCUCUUUCCUCUGCCUCCUGGGUCUGGCCAGAGACUGUGCUGCCAAGAAGGGACUGAAUCAUGCAGUGCCUCCCCGUCUCUGACACUCCCUCACACACGCACGCUCAUUGGGAUUAGAAUGAUCACCUUUUGUUUUAACGGACAGAAUCUGCAUCUGUAGUGAGGAGAUCCCACAGGAGGAGCUAGACUCUUAAUGGGCCUAUCAGGGAUGGCCCAUUACUGGGAUCACUGCUUCUGAUUGGUUGGCUGGUUCGGGGAUUUUAACCCCAUUCUCGUGAGUGUCUGCUGGAUCACUAUGCAGAAACAGACUCUCUGGGAGCUACUCACACACCAACUACACACAUCUUGCACACAGGAAUCAACCUGCAUACACUCACACAGCCAAACACGUACACGCAGUCCACCCUCUUUGACAUGCAUACACACAGUGAUUUGCCAAACGUCUCUCCUCGCAGACAGACUCAUACAAAGGCCAGAGCACCAGACAUGCUGAGGAAUAGACCCUUAGAGGGAAGUGUUGCAAGUUAAACAGAUUCUGUGAUUGAACUGUUCAUUCUCUAUAGCUUUUGUACAAUACUGAUUUAAAAAAAAAAAAAAAAAAAAAAACCAGAAGAAAUUGAAAAUUUGAAUUUUUAUUUUAUAAGUCAAUCAAGCCGCUGGGGUCAGCUCUAUAGGAGAUAUAGAGUCAACAUGGCUUUAAGGCAUCUGAUCGUUGGUUUGCCAAACUCAUUUUGUAAAUAAUGAUAACCAUUUUGUCCACUGGACUUCUGUGCCAUAAAAUAGGAAGGCUUCAGUUAUGCAACUCUUGAUGUUAACCCAAGCAAUACCAACAUAUGUUUUCUUUUUCCUGUUCUUUCUCUUUCAUUUGCCUCUUGCCCCCUCUGAUAUUUGUUCCUGUGCUUAGAUGUUGUGAAUCACUGUCUCACCCUAAUAACUCUGGUUCCAGCACCAUGCCCUUCUUUGUCUUCUUGAGUUCCAACCCCCCCCCAUCCCCCCAAAAAGAAAAAAACAAAACAAACAAAUAAACCACAGUCCUGUGCUUUUGUAUCACAAAACUAUCAUUUUUAUGUUGCAGGCAGCAGCCCAGGUCUCACUCACUCACUGUAGCCCAGACUGCUGCCCUGUUCCCCCAGACUAGUCUUUAAGAUAACAGUGAUGCUUUGCCCAUCUGUCUGUCUGUUGGUCAGGUGCCAAACUGCUGCUGUCUGAGUGCGGACUGCAGCAUCCUCUGCUACAACUACAUCAACUGUGAUGCCAGUGACUCCCUAUUUUAUGGCCAGAGUCCUCAUGUCACUUGAGAACUCUUUUGGACUAUGACGUUGAUUAACUUUAAAACUUUGAGAACUAGAUGAUGAGCAAAGACAUUGAAUUAAAAAGGGAAACAUUGCUGUUUGAGUACAUAACAUUUCUAGACCUAUUUUAACUUUACCUCAGCUAACAAGUUUCUUAAUGUAAAUUGACACAUUAUUUUUAUCUUUAUGAAUAUGACAUUCUACAGUGGGUUUUUAGAUGAUUUUUUUUUGUUCUAUCUUGAUUUACGUAUUCCACCAUGUAUUACUGUUACAAAUAAACACAUCCCAAAUGA